UCGCCGGGGGCGGGUUCAAGCACUGGGUGUCGCUGAAAAAGAAACAGACAACCAAAGAUUUAAAGGAGAAGAGGAUAAGUAUCUGGACGUUGGUCCCAUUUACUCAGUUAUAUGAUUUAUUCCAGUGCCUGAAAUUUGUUAAUUUUACAGUUAUAUGCUUUCCUCGGUGCCGGUAAGGGAAAUAAUUCAGGAGUGAACAGAAGGGAACAGAAGGAAAUCGGGCGUGCUUGUGUCGUCGGGUCAAAAUGUCGAUUCAGUUCGAGGAACCGCUGGGGGAUGGCUACGGGGUGGUGGACACAUUCCCGAAGGACUUCGGCUACGGGGUGGAGGAAGCGGACAUCGAGGACAGCCCGGCACCUUCCGACAGCAAGCCCAGGAUAUUGUUAAUGGGACUACGCCGGAGCGGCAAGUCGUCCAUACAGAAGGUUGUGUUUCACAAGAUGUCUCCCAAUGAGACGCUGUUCUUGGAGAGUACCAACAAAAUCUACAAAGAUGACAUCUCCAAUAGCUCCUUCGUCAACUUCCAUAUCUGGGAUUUCCCUGGCCAGGUGGACUUCUUUGACCCCACCUUCGACUACGAGAUGAUCUUCAGGGGGACUGGUGCCUUGAUAUUUGUCAUUGAUGCACAGGAUGACUAUGUGGAGGCACUGGGCCGGCUGCACCUCACUGUGUCCAGGGCGUACCGGGUCAACCCUGAGAUCAACUUUGAAGUGUUCAUCCACAAAGUGGAUGGCCUGUCUGAUGACCACAAGAUAGAGACCCAGAGAGACAUCCACCAGAGAGCCAAUGAUGAUCUGGCGGACGCAAGCCUGGAGAAGCUGCACUUGAGUUUUUACCUGACAAGCAUCUACGACCACUCAAUAUUCGAAGCAUUUAGCAAAGUCGUGCAGAAACUCAUCUCCCAGCUCCCCACCCUGGAGAACCUUCUGAACAUCUUCAUAUCUAAUUCUGGAAUAGAAAAGGCCUUCUUAUUUGAUGUGGUCAGUAAGAUCUACAUUGCUACAGACAGCUCUCCGGUGGACAUGCAGUCAUACGAGCUGUGCUGUGACAUGAUCGACGUGGUCAUUGACGUAUCCUGCAUUUAUGGGCUUAAAGAGGACGGCAGCGGUAGUGCCUAUGACAAGGAAUCCAUGGCCAUCAUCAAGCUGAACAACACCACGGUCCUGUACCUGAAGGAAGUCACCAAGUUUCUCGCGCUAGUCUGCAUCCUGCGAGAAGAGAGCUUUGAGCGCAAAGGUUUAAUAGACUACAAUUUCCACUGUUUCCGUAAAGCCAUCCACGAAGUUUUUGAGGUUGGAGUGUCGACUCAGCGAAUAGGCUCUCUGCUGGCCGGCACACCGGCCAUGAAAGCGGUGACGCACAACGGGACUCCCAGGAGCCCUGUGUAGCAGCGUGCGAGCGUGCAAGUGAGUGUGCUGCGUGUGUGCGUGUGCGUGUCUGUGUGUGUGAGCCAGCGGGAGAGACGUGGACAGAGAUUGGCACGUCGCCAGUCCAAGGGAACAUGUCCUUGGUCCCGAAGCCUUAUGCACAGGCUGGAGACUAGCUGCAUAUUUGCAAAAAGCAAAGACUUUGACAUGAAAGGGAAUGACGGAAUUUUUGUGGGCUUGUGCGAAAUGGACACGUGUGACCCAGGAAGAGGAGAACAUCACAGCUAACAUCUGACGGCGAUGCGGCACGUGCCUCACCUGCUGGUGGAAAACCAGACUAUCGUAUGGAUGCCUGCAUUUAAGGAGCUUCAGUCUCGGCACAUUUUGCUGAUGGUCUGCGCUUAAAUGACUGGAUGCUUGGUGAAUAGAAACAAAGCAUGGUUGGGUGGGUAUGGUGCCUGACCGCCAGCGGACUAAGAUGUGAGCAGGGUUAUGUCACACUGAAACUCUUCAAAGGUGGUGUGAUGUUGCAGGGGCUUGGUUUGGGCCCCCUCCCAAUAUCUUAUUAUUUUUUUUUAAUUUUUUUGGUACCCCUCCCUGUAUAAUGAGAAAAUGUCUUUGUGGGGGGGGGGGGGUGCGACACAGGAAAUUUGAAUGCAGCUUGUUCUGAUUUUGAGCUUUGACCUUUCUAAAGCCUAAGCAGUAGUCGCCGUCGGACGCUAAGCAGCGUGUCAUCUGACACAGGCCAUGUGAUGGGAUGCCACAGAGUUUACCGGACACUGUCGAAGCCCAUUCCAAGCAUAUGUGUGGAUGAUGUCGCUUGUCUCUUGAUGCCGUGUGGCUGCAUUAACUGGGGGCAGUGUGGUGGGGGGGUGGGGUGGUAAUGACGAAGGUGUAAUGGGUUGAGAAGUACGUGACCAAAUUCUUCACUGUUAUCGUUGUGGUUCGAAGGCACGGCAGUGCUCUGUAUCAUGCACUUUGCAAAAUGGAUCCCUGAGUUUAAGUGAGUCUCGCACCCGUGUCUCAGCCAAAAGUCGCCAUGCAUUAGUUCUGCCAAACCUUUCGUCAAUCACAAGAAAUAAACACAUGCAUCUGCAAAUGAUGUUGUUUCUGCUGUAGUUAGACGCCAUUCUGGGCAUAGACAUGUAAUUUCAUUGUUAAUAGAUGUCCUGCAUUGUAAACGUGAUUUAAUGGGAGCUGGUUCUCAGCAUUCCUCUUGUACCCCAGUUUCUCCAGACUGGCAUGGUGUCUUUCAUGUGCUUUCCUCUGGGUGGCUUGCAGUACUCUACUCUCACACUGAAGAACCUGAUGCGGCCUUCUCAUCACAGUACAGACGGGGCUGCCGGUUGACAGUCUGGGGUUCAGCUGGGUCUGGGCCAAAUCCAGGAUACUCAGUGCUGCUGAGAAUCCUGUUGAUCCCAGCUGGUGCCUUAUCUGUGACGCACCUGCCUGCAGGUCUCCUUUUGUACAUUAUGACUAUUUUUCUGUGAAUUUUAAAGGUGAUCAAUGUGUCUGUAUUCUCUUCAAACUCCAGACUGCAGCUGCAGCUGUCUGCUGUGCUGUAAGGCUUGCUGCUGGUGGGGAUUGGGAGGCUCGCUUUAACACAUCAUCUGUGAUGCUGGGUGGGGGCUAUGGGUGGAGGCCAUGUUAGCCUUUGUGCUUAUGUCAGCUUAGCCCAAGGCAUCCCAGUGGCUCUGUGCUUGAACUUGUGCGGUUUCCAUUUAGCCUUGUGUCUGCCUGUGCCGUGGGCUGUAAGACGGGUCAGAGGAGGGUGGGACCUAAGAGUACAAGAGGCAGGGGGUGUGGCCCACAGGGGGAGAAGUACCGAAUGGGAAAGGGAGACCGAACCUACUUCAAAAUAUAUAAGUAGUCAUGCUCUUUAGGGUAAUUAAGCCAAUUAAUGUGAAGCUGAGGCUUCUUUGUAGCAGACUAGAUACAUUUAAAUGAUCGAAUAAUACACAUUACAUGGCUAAACAUGGACGAUAAUAUUCUGAAGAAUAAAGGACAUCACUGUG